AUGUAUACAAGAGUAUUCCAUCUCAGCUUCUUCAUAUGGAGCUGCCUGAGCUUUGUGGCUUUCACGGUGGGCAGCUUUCAACAAAAUCUCAAAGUCCGACCGUACGCUAGAGAUCCUCUCCAAGAUGUUGUGACUUGGGACGAGCAUUCCAUCUUCGUCAAUGGGGAACGGGUCUUGUUCUUUAGCGGAGAAUUUCAUGCAUUCAGACUACCUGUGCCGAGCUUAUGGCUGGAUAUUCUGCAAAAGAUCCGCUCCUUAGGGUUUACCGGUGUCUCCUUUUAUGUAGACUGGGCCUUGCUGGAAGGUAAGCCCGGCGAGUACUCGGCAGAAGGCGUCUUUGCACUCGAGCCACUAUUUGAAGCCGCAUCCAAGGCUGGCAUUUAUCUAUUAGCUCGUCCUGGUCCGUACAUCAACGCUGAGGUAUCCGGCGGAGGGUACCCUGGAUGGCUACAACGCGUAGAAGGCUAUCUCCGAACCAAUGCAACAGAUUACCUGGCCACGACAGAGAAUUACAUGACCUCUGUUUUGAAGAGUAUAUCCAAUGCGCAAAUUACCAAUGGAGGGCCUGUGAUCCUCGUACAGCCCGAGAAUGAGUACAGCCAAGCUGUCUCUGGAAUCCCAUUCCCCAAUGCCGACUACAUGGAAUACGUCGAAGAUCAAUUUCGUAAGAAUGGUAUCGUCGUACCACUAAUCAGUAACGAUGCUUCACCAUACGGACACAACGCGCCCGGGCAACCCGCACCAGUCGAUAUUUACGGACAUGAUGGCUAUCCAUUGGGCUUUGACUGCAGUAACCCCUCGCGAUGGACCAGCUUCAAUACUAAUUUCCGCACCUUGCACCUGGAACAAUCCCCAUCAACUCCAUAUUCAAUCGUCGAGUUCCAAGGCGGCGCUUUCGAUCCUUGGGGAGGUGUGGGCUUCGAUAAAUGCCUUUCCCUGGUGAAUUAUGAAUUCGAGAGAGUAUAUUACAAGAACAACUACGGCUUUGGGGUCACCAUCUAUAAUCUUUACAUGAUUUUCGGUGGUUCCAACUGGGGUAACCUUGGUCAUCCUGGGGGUUAUACCUCUUAUGACUACGGAGCUACGAUUGCUGAAGAUAGGAGCGUUGCUCGAGAGAAGUACAGCGAGAUGAAGCUUCAAGCCAACUUUCUCGUCGCGUCUCCGGCCUACCUCACCGUCACGCCAGGUACACCGAGUACCACUCAGUACACCACAUCUUCAGAUGUGUAUGUCACUCCGCUGAAGAGUAAUGAGACACAAUUCUAUGUCGUCAGACAUAGCCUCUUCAAUUCGACAGAAGCUACAACCUACAAGUUGAGACUCGAUGGGAGCAGCUCAGGAAAUAUCACAGUACCCCAGCUUGGCGGUAGUCUCACACUCAACGGCCGUGAUUCGAAAAUCCAUGUCUCAGACUAUGAUCUUGGCGGAACGACGCUGCUUUAUUCAACAGCUGAAAUCUUCACAUGGCAAAAGUACGGGAAUGGUACAGUGCUCGUGGUUUAUGGAGGCCCUGGAGAACAGCACGAGCUGGCAGUUUCUCAAAUCGGAAUAAGCAGCUCCGAAAUCAACGCUUCAUUAGACGUGCUGGUGAACAGCACUGAAACAAGCGUGAUUGUGAACUGGCUUACAAGUGCCACGGCUCAAUAUGUCACUAUUGGAGACCUGCAAGUCUAUAUUGUUGAUCGUAACACAGCAUACAACUUUUGGGUAAUCCCAAGUGGGAACUCUCUAUACACCAACACCGAGGAUGUCAAUAUUGUCGCCAAGUCCGGAUAUCUUCUUCGAACGGCCAAUGUUACAGAGACAUCACUCGAUAUUACGGGAGAUCUGAAUGCAACUAGUCCUCUGUGGAUUGUUGGUGGUGCUCCCAAGAACUUGAAGACUCUUACUUUUAAUGGACAAGAGGUUGAGUUCUCCGUUGACGAGAAUGGGGCAAUAUCAUCCAACCUUACCUACAUCGCGCCCGAAUUUGCCGUCCCUACCCUCAAAGACCUGCAAUGGUACUACAUCGAUUCUUUACCAGAAAUCCAAGGCGACUACGACGAUGACGCCUGGACAUUGGCAUCAUUCGCGACCACGAACAACACGAGCCGCGCUCUCACCACUCCGACCAGUCUCUAUGCUAGUGAUUAUGGCUAUCAUGCUGGAAGUCUCAUCUAUCGUGGCAAAUUUACCGCCAAGGGGAAUGAGACCACAUUCAAGGUGGAAACCCAGGGUGGAACAGCUUACGGGGCGUCCAUCUUUCUUGAUAGCAGUUUCCUCGGCAGCACGGUGGGAAACAAGUCGGCAGCGUCCGCCAAUGCAACCUUCGCACUGCCGCAGCUGGGAGCUGAUGAGGUACACACCUUUACGAUCCUCAUUGAUCACAUGGGUUUGGAUGAGGAGUGGACUGUGGGCUCCAACACCAUGAGAUCACCCCGAGGUGUGCUUAACUAUGACUUGGCCGGACACGACCAGAGCGAUGUUACCUGGAAACUCACAGGCAACCUGGGAGGCGAGGAUUAUGUCGACCAUGUUAGAGGUCCUCUCAAUGAGGGAGCUCUUUAUGCAGAGAGGCAGGGCUACCAUUUACCCAGCCCACCGGUCGAAACAUGGACCAAGGGUCUAAGCCCAAUUGACGGAAUCUCUUCUGCUGGCGUGGGCUUCUUUACCACGUCCGUUGAUCUUGAUUUCCCAAGCGGCUACGAUAUUCCGCUCUCUAUUCGCCUCCCAGCCAUCAACUUUACGUCAACCAUACGUGUUCAGCUCUAUGUGAACGGCUGGCAGUUUGGCAAGUACGUGUCAAACAUUGGACCGCAGACGCAAUAUCCCGUCCCCGAGGGUAUUUGGAACUACAAUGGCCAGAAUUGGCUGGCUGUUAGUUUAUGGGCACUCGAAGCCGCAGGUGGAAGUAUUGCUAGCAUUGAGCUCGUGGCGAGUGAAGCUGUCCAGUCGGGACGGGAGCAGGUCCAGGUGGUUGAGUCACCCGCAUGGAGUCAGAGAGCGGAGGCAUAUUGA